AUGAUCCUACUUGGCAGUCGGGAUCAACAAAGCGGUGAAGAUGUUCUAGUUCGACUCGGUUCACCGACGAACAUGAGAGUCUUGCUACUUGACACUUCAUCGAAACAAAAUUAUUCAGAGCAGUUCAAGAAGGAAAUGAUUCCAAAUUUUGAUGAUUACUUUGCUUUGUACUAUGGCGCAUCCAACUUAGGUAUCAACAUUCUGAUCCGUUCGCAAGCUUCCGAUCGGAACAAAAAGUAUACAGCAAAAAAUGUCAUUGUAAGUGCUGUGUGUCCAGACUUUUGUGCAACUGAUAUCAACAAUCGAGCAGAAGGUGGACGACCCGCUGAGCUUGGUGCAGAUUCUAUCUUACAUGCUGUUUAUUCGGAAAACCUUGAAAAUGGACAAUUUUCGAAAGACGGUACACGUUUGCCAUUCGAGGCAAACCGAUAA